AUGUCGGCCGAAGCUUCUGCCGCGCAGGAGGCGCAGAUCAAGCAGGAGGAGACUGUUCAGUCAGGUUCCUCCGCAUCGGUCGAGCCGCAGAGUGCUGCUCAGCCGCAAGCAGAUGACCACCAAGCAGUGAAAGCGGAACAAGAUGCCGAUGCUGAAGCUGACGAUGAUGCUGAAGCUGAUGGCGAUGCUGAAGCCGACGCUGAUGCACCAACGACACCGGCGGAGGACGCAGACGCAACCGCAACCGCUGAUGACGUCAAGGUGGAACCGAAAGCAGAGGAAGCCGAACAGCCUGCACAAGAAGAUGCUGCUGCAGUAAAAGCUCAAAGCGAACCAAAAAGCACGACAGAGCCACCAGCGGCACAGCAGCAGCCUGCCGCUGCCGAGCAAGAGCCCAUCGCGGCCUUCACUUCUGGAUCGGGACAGCCCCUGCAGCCUCACAAGUACAUGUCGGUGGAGCAACGCAGGCAGCUGUUCGAAGAGCGCAUCCGUCUCGAACCGCGCGAUGGCGAAGCCUGGCUGGCACUCAUCGAGGAGGCCGUCUCACGCCAGGACAUGGAGGCUACACGCUCCCUCUACGACCGCUUUUUCAAAGUGUACCCGCACCAGAGCCGCCAGUGGCUCGCCUACCUCGAACUCGAGCUCGCCCACAGCAACUUUGCGCAAGUUGAGGCGAUCUUUGCGCGCUGCCUGCGCACCACCCCAUCCGUGGACCUGUGGAAGUUCUAUCUCUCUUACACGCGCCGUGUCAACCCACUCCCGCCAUCCACGGGCAUGGAGGAUGACGGGCCAAGAGAGCAGGCACGACGCGUGCUCGAGGGCGCCUACGAGUUCGCGCUGCGCUUCAUCGGCAACGACAAGGAAGCCGGCCCGAUCUGGACCGACUACAUCGCGCUUAUCAAGGAGCGAGAGGCGCGCGGCGGCUGGAAGGAGGGCCAGAAGAUGGACGACCUGCGCCGCGUGUAUCAGCGUGCGGUCAGUGUGCCGCUCUCCAACAUCGAGGCCAUCUGGAAGGACUACGACGCAUACGAAAACGGGCUGAACAAGCUCACUGCCAAAAAGUUCCUCGCGGAGCGCUCGCCGGCGUACAUGACCGCACGUCGUGUGCUCAGGGACCUCAAGGCAUACACAGACCACCUUGCCAAGCCGUUGCUGCCGCGCGUGCCCGUGUGGACCACCUCGGCGCUGCCGGGCGACUCGAGCGAAGACGCCGAGCAAUGGCAGCGCGAAAGGCAGCAGGUGGAGGCAUGGACUGCGUAUCUGCAGUGGGAGGAGUCCAAUCCACUCGUGCUGGACGACCAAGCCACGAUGCAGGCACGUGUGCUGACUGCCUACCGCAAGGCGACCAUGUAUCUGCGCUUCUUCCCAGAGGUGUGGUACCAGGCGUCGCGCUUCCUCGCCUCCACGGGCCGGCUGGACGAAGCAGCGACGUGGCUCAAGAACGGCAUGGAGGCAUGCACGGGCAGCUUCCUGCUCCACUUUGCCUACGUCGAGCUUGCCGAGGCGCGCAAGUCGACCGGCGACUGUGCAGGCGUGUUUGACGGGCUGAUCGACAGCGUGCACGCCAAGAUCGACGCGCGCCAUGCGCGGUUGCAGCGCGACCUCAAGCAGCUCGAUGCCGAGGCUGAGGCGGCUCGGGCGCAGGCGCGCGCGAAUGACGACGGCGAAGCCGAUGUGGAUGGCGAGGAGCGCGAGCGCGAGCGCAAGAGUGCCGAGCAGCUGCAGGCUCGCAAGCAGGCACUGCAGGAGCUGGCCAAGCCCGAGAUCGAGGCGCUCAGGGAAGCGAGUGCGCUCGUGUGGAUCAAGUACAUGCACUUCCUGCGCCGCACCGAGGGCAUCCGACCUGCGCGUCUCGUGUUCGGCCGCGCGCGCAAGAGCCCGCACGUCACAUGGCAGAUCUUUGAGGCGAGUGCGCUGAUGGAGUACCACUGCUCCAAGGACCCCGUCGUAGCCACCAAGGUGUUUGAACUUGCGCUCAAGACAUUUGGUCACGACGGCGCAUUUGUGGUUCGCUACCUCGACUUUUUGAUCACCAUCAACGACGACAGCAAUGCGCGCGCGCUGUUCGAGCGCGUCAUUGGUACCUUCACGCCCGAGCGCGCGCGUCCGAUCUGGGAGCGCUGGUCUCGAUACGAGUACAACUUUGGCGACACGGUCGCCAUCCAAAAACUCGAGACGAGGCUGGCAGAGACGUAUCCCGACGAGGCUGCGAUCCGUCGCUUUGUCGCACGCAACUCUUACAUGGAUCUUGACCUGGUUGGCCCCCGCGAUUUGGGUAUGCGUGCUGCGGUCCUUGGAGCCAGUGCUGCAGAUCGCGCGGUGGAGGCUGCCAGAGAGGGCGCCGAGGACGACGGCCCGAGGAGAAGGACGAUGCAGGAGAUGAAGCGGCUGGCAGCCGAGAGCAAUCCGGACGACACGACCGGCAGCUGGUCGCGACCUGGCGCCGGUCCGCCUGCUAAGAAGUUCAAGCGCGAUUCGGCGUCGCCUGCGCCUUAUGGUGGAUUUGCGCCCGCAGGUGCUGCUCAAGGUGGACCGAUCAGGGACGCGUACAACGAGUUCCCCGAGGGCGUACUCGUAUUCCUGGAGAUGCUUCCCAGCGCGCGCUUCUUUGACGGACCCGUGUUCAAGCCCGACGAUAUCAUCGAGUGCUUACACAGCGCCAACCUGCCCGCUCCGUCCGGUGUACCCAUGGGUCCGUCGGGAAGGAGGCCUGCCACGCGUGGUCGCUUCAUGCGCUGA